GUCGAUCAAAAUCAAGUCCAGCUCAUGCAUUUCUGGCAUUUACAUAAAAUACUCUUCUCAGUCCUUUCCACCAAAAAAACAAAAGCACAAUAAUGCAAUGGUUUGGUCAAUGAAGAUACCUUGAUCGACAUGAUAAGGUCUUGCUUCUUGGCAUUCCUGCUAAAGAUUUAUCAUCUCCGUUCGACUGUUUAAGGGGAGUAAUAAGGAGAAGAUUAAGAUGGAAAGGGCUGUAAUCUCCUUUGUCGUAAACAGGAUUGGUGACCAACUCAUUGAAGAAGCAGUUUUCUUGAAGGAUGUGCGCCCACGAAUUGAGAGGCUGCAUAGAGAUCUGAGGGCGAUCAAUUGCUUCUUGGAAGCAGCCGAUGCAAAGCAAGAGGAAGACCCAAGGGUGCGUAACUGGGUUUCAGACAUCCGAGAUGUUGCUUAUGAUGCUGAAGACGUGGUCGACAUGUUCAUCCUCAAGGCUGAGGCCCUGAGGAGAAAAAUCUUUGUCAAGCGCAUUUUCCAAAAGCCGAGGUGUCUGCAUAACCUUGGCAAGAAAAUCGAUGACAUCCAAACUAACCUCCAAGACAUCUCAAAGAGGCGGGAAAUCCUGGGAAUAAAAAAUAUUGGUGAAGGAACAAGCACUUCAACUCAGAUGCUGCAGAAUCUAAGACGGACCACUCCUCGUGCAGAAAAACAUGUCAUUGUAGGCCUGAAUGAAGAAGCCGAAAAGCUUGUGAAGCAGCUGACCACAGGAGACCCAAGGCGCCGUGUGAUUUCUAUUGUAGGAAUGGGCGGCAUCGGCAAAACUACUCUUGCCAAGAAAAUCUAUAAUCAUAGCAGAGUUGUGGAUCAUUUUCAGUCUUGUCGUGCGUGGGUUUAUGUAUCCCAAGAUUGUAGACCCAGAGACAUCUUUCAACAAAUUCUAAACCAAUUUCCUUAUACACCAACGGGAGAUGAAGCAAGGAAGAUAGAGAAAUUGCAGGAGAACGAGUUGGGGGAUUUCCUUCAUGAUCAACUGAAGCGGAAAAGGUUUUUGGUAGUUUUGGAUGACAUAUGGGGAAGUGAUGAUUGGAAAUGUCUUGCUAAUGCAUUCCCAGAGGAGAGUGAUGGCAGUAGAUUACUUCUUACAACUAGAAAAAAGGAUGUCGCUUUGCAAGCAGAUGCUCAAAGUGUUCCCUACGAAGUGAAACUCCUCUCCGAAGCGGAAAGUUGGAAGUUGUUUUGUAGAAGUGCAAUCCCUGACAAUGUUACUGAGAGUUGUCCUCCAGAGUUGAAGGAAUUCGGGGAAAGGAUGGUGAAGAAAUGUGCUGGUUUACCAUUGGCCAUUGUUGUAUUGGGAGGCUUGUUAUCAUCCAAAAAGCAGUUAUCUACUGAGUGGGAAAAGGUGCUCAAGAACCUACAGGCGCACUUCUCCAGUGACAAAGGAGUAGACGCAGUAUUGAGUUUAAGCUACAUCGACUUGCCCCACAACUUGAGAUCAUGCUUUCUUUAUUUAGGCCUCUUCCCAGAAGAUCAGAUUAUCCCCACAAGAAAAUUGCUCCUCCUAUGGAUGGCAGAGGGUUUUAUUCCACAGCAAGAUGAACGAAGAAUGGAGGACACCGCUGAGGAUUAUUUGAAUGAGUUAAUCAGUAGAAACUUGGUUCAAGUAGUAACAUUGAGUGUUAAUGAGAGAGCAACAAAAUGCCAAAUUCAUGAUGUAGUACGGGAUUUAUGCAUCAAAAGGGCGAAAGAGCAGAACCUUUUUGAGAUAAAAAAGAGCGUGAGUUCAUCUUUUCCUUCAACCAAAUCCCGUCGACAGGGUAUUUAUUUUGACUUGGAGAGGUAUGCUUCCACAAAACAUUCAACUCCAUACAUUCGCUCUCUCUUCUUCUUCACAUUAAAAGAUCACAGGUCCCGUUUAGAUUUUAUUUGCAAAUAUUUCAAACUGCUUAGGGUGCUAGACUUGGAAGGUUCAUUCAUUGAGAUACCGAGAGCAAUUGGGAAACUGAUUCAUUUGAGGUAUUUGAGAUUAAAUUCGCAGCAUAGAACUUGUUUUCCAACAUAUUUAGGUAAUUUAAGGAGUUUGCAGACAUUGGAUAUAAAUAAUUUUAGGAAGGUAUCAACUAUGAUGCAGAACAUGGCAAAUCUACGACACCUUUUCAUCUCGUAUGAGAGACAAGAUGGCAAGCCAUUACGAAUUGACACUCUAAGAAAUCUCCAGACUCUAUCCGGCAUAUGGUUUAGUGAUUUGCAACAAAAUGAUACGAGUAAGUUACCUAACCUUCAUAAAUUGAAAAUCAAAGUGGGAUUUGACUUGGAAGUGUCCCAGUUCUCAAACUCUAUUGCCAAGCUUGAGAACCUUCGCUCAUUGUAUCUUGAGAGAUUACAUGAUCCCUUCCAGCUUGGGAAUCUUCGCUCAUUGCAUUGUGAGAUAUUUCAACGCUUCCAGCCUGAGACAUCAUCAUAUCCCUUCGAUCUUUUCUCAUUAAAUCUCAACAAUUUUGUGAAAUCAGAUCCCCCUAGCAUUCCGUCUUUUGUCAUGAACUCUUGGCUCCAUCUAUCUAAGCUGCACUUGAAGGGAAACAUAAAGCAAUUGCCUAGGGCACAUGAGUUCUCACCAAAUCUAACCCAGUUGACCUUAGAAGGGAUUAUGCUGGACUCUGACACUAUGGCGAUUUUGGAGAAGCUGCCAAAAUUGUUGAUUUUAAGAUUGAGGAUGAUCUCAAAACUCAGACAAGGAGUACUGCAAGUAUCUGCAAAUGGCUUUCCUCAACUCAAAAUCCUUCAACUUGCUAGCUUAGACCAAAUGAAGAGUUUGAAUAUAAACAAGGGUGGCAUGUCAAAGCUUACUCAAUUGCAGAAUUUUUUUUGUGUUUUGAACAUCCAGGGAGUUAGCAAGCUCUUGCAUCUACAAAAGGUAGAUGUCAUUGAUUCAUAUCUAGAUGCUAAUCGUUGGGCUUCUACUUUUCAUCAUUCUUCCAACUGGCGUCAUACAAAAAGGUGGUUAGACAACGAUAAAGGAUUAUGGCACUUUUACCGUAGAUGAUUGUUGAGGUUACAAGCCACAGCACAAGAAGAUUGGUGGAAUUAGAAGUAGUAGUUUUCUUUCAUAUAUGAUUGUAAAGGAUGUGAAUCCAUGUCUGGUCCAGACCUAGUCAGGCUGAUGACUGUGUUUAAGCUUGUUAUUGUUGUUCAAAUUGUUUAUAAUAUAUCAAUUGAGAAA